GCGCCCCCAUGCGGCCGCUCCCCCUCACGACACGUGUCCACUUCCUGUAAGCUGAAGGGUGGGACAGGCGGAAGCAGCGUCCUAUUUCUCUGGCUGAGCAGUUGGACUGAUAGAUCAUCACUCAACAUGCCGGCGUAUCACUCCCAGCUGAUGGUCCCCGACACCAGGAUGGUGGGGAACAUGGCUCUGCUCCCACUCAAAACCCAGUUCAAGGGACCAGCCCGAGGGGACGGCGUAGAGUCGGACAUCAUCGACGAGGCCAUCUACUACUUCAAAGCCAAUGUUUUCUUUAAGAACUAUGAAAUCAAGAACGAGGCCGACAGGACGCUGAUAUACGUCACGCUCUACAUCUCCGAGUGCCUGAAGAGGCUACAGAAGUGCAGCUCCAGGGGUCAGGGAGAGAAGGAGAUGUACACUCUGGGCAUCACUAACUUUCCCAUUCCUGGAGAACCCGGAUUCCCUCUUAAUGCUAUGUAUCUAAAACCUACAAACAAGCAGGAGGAAGAGACCAUGAGGGCGUACCUGCAGCAGAUCCGCCAGGAGACCGGCUUACGGCUGUGUGAUCGCGUGUUUGACCCCCAGACAGACAAACCCAGCAAGUGGUGGGUGUGUUUCGUCAAGAAGCAGUUCAUGAACAAAAGUCUCUCCGCUCCUGGACAGUGAGCAAACUCAGGAUCUGCAGCUUCUGCAACAUGGGUGGAUUUUUUUCUGGGGUGGGGUGGGGGGUGGUGAAAGGGGUUUAUGUUGCUUAAAAAAAAAGAUUUUAUACUCAUUGAGUUCAAGGAUGUGUCUUUGUCUGGAUGUUGAUCAUAUUGAGCUGGUGCUUAAUUCAUUAAAUCACAGAUUGGAAAGUAA